GCAUGCUCUAGCCAGCUCAUGAGCCACCUAUGUCUGGGUCUGUUCUUUUUAUUCAGGCAGUCUUUUGGGACAGCGGAGGGGUCCGUUGCUGAUGACGUCUCUGGUGAUUUGGAAGAUGUUGUAGCCGAAACUUGAUACGCUGCGUUGUAUAUUAAAUUAAUGUUAAUAUAUUUAAGCAAAUGCGUAGUACGUACUAUAAGCCACACAAUGCAACAAAUUGUACAUACACAAAAUUGAAAGUUUCAGGUCAGAGUAAAGCAGACUCCUCCAGCCCAGCCAUGCCUCAGAAACCCCAAAAGAGCCCCCAGACUUCACACUACAUUGAGCUGGGAGGUUAUCAGUACUGGCCUGUGCUGGUGCCCCGAGGUAUCAGACUGUACACCUACGAACAGAUCCCAGUGUUUCUGAGGGAGAACCCCUACAUCACAGAUGGAUACAGAGCCUACCUGCCUUCCAGAUUGUGCAUCAAAAGCCUCUUCAUUCUGUCCAAUGAGACGGUAAAUAUCUGGAGCCAUCUGUUGGGCUUCCUGCUCUUCUUCUUUGUCGGGGUUUACAACAUGGUCUCAGUGCUGCCGGCCAUCGGCGCCUCUAAAGAGGACUACGUCAUCUACUGCAUCGGACUCUUCUGCUUUCAGCUGUGUAUGCUGUGUUCGGUGGGUUAUCACCUUUUCUGUUGCCACCGCUCAGAGAAGACCAGCCGCCGCUGGAUGGCGCUGGACUACGCGGGGGUUUCCAUUGGCAUUCUGGGCUGCUAUGUCCCUGGAGUCUUUUACACCUUCUACUGCAAUAAUUACUGGCGGCAGGUGUACCUGGUGACGGUCCUGGCCAUGAUCCUGGCGGCCUUCUUCGCUCAGAUCCACCCUCAGUACCUCAGCAAGCAGUGGAAGCAGCUGCGCUCGCUCAUCUUCUGCGUGGUGGCCGGAUACGGCCUCAUCCCCACCGUCCACUGGGUCUGCAUCACUGGCGGCUUCUCUUCAGAGCUCGUCCAGGCUUUUGUUCCUCGAGUCCUGGGGAUGUAUUUCAUCGCUGCAUUAGCUCUCAUUUUCUACGUUUCAAAAGUUCCUGAACGCUACUUCCCGGGUCAGCUGAACUACCUGGGCUCCAGUCACCAGGUUUGGCACCUGCUGCUGGUGCUGAUGUUUUACUGGUGGCACCAGUCGGCGUGCUUCAUCAUGUCGUACAGACACAGCCAGCCGUGCCUCGACGCAUCCCACCACGCCUAGGACGCUGCUCUCAACGCUGGGAUCCCUGACUCUGUCAAACUGGUGGUGAGUGGCUGCACUGUAUUCCAGCAUGCGCAGGUACAAGGCGAGGAGACACCAUGGACAAGCCUUCAGUCCAUCUCGGUGUCCCCACAGAUGGACACAUCGGCACUUGUCUUCAGUCCACCUGACCUGUGGAGGAAACCAGUAGAGGGGCUGCAAACGGGAAUCAGGCCUGUGACCCCCGGGAUGAGAGGUGACGCAUGUUGAGUUUGUUUUUAAGCUAAAAUGGGACCUCUGGUUGAAACGAUCCCAUUCUUUACCAUCUUCUCACCAGAAACUCAACUCAAACUAUAAAAUCUCCAGAAUUUUCACUGCAUCCCAAUUUACAUACCAAUAACCGAUGCAGCAGCAAAAAAACAAGACUCAAAUCAGUAGCAUUUCGUUUUUUUAUACGAGAUCAUGUUUUCUCUAAGUGCCUGUUAGUGAAACAUCAUGUAAGUCUGGUUAUGUAAAGGUUUGCUCUGAAGGCCCAAUAUCUCAACUAAUUCACUCAUUUUUUUAAAGGUUUAUAAACAGUGGUUCUCAAUCUGAGAGGCCCCCCAAAAAAAAAAAAAUCUAUUUUCAAUAUAGUUCCACUUCAUGACGAUGCUUGUUCUGCCUGUAGGCUUCCUUCAUUAAGUGAUCAAGUAAAAUGACCUUAAAAGGGAAACUUAAAUGUUUUAAUGUCAACCCUCUGCACAGAUGUUCAAAGUACGUGUGGAAAUAUGUUUUUACAGUGUUAAGAGCUGUGGAGCUCGACCCAAAUAAUUUAUAAUAGAUUCAUUUUCUAGUUGUACAAGUUGUUUGUGGUGAAACUGUUAGGUAUUUCCUAACGAGAACAAGCAAAAACUAACCAGUAAUUAAUUCACGUUUAGAUAGGAAAACCAAAGACCGCUGUGGAGCAAAGCUCAAUAUGCUCAUCAGUUUACAUCACAUUUUGAUUGUUAAUUUUGUCCAUUAGUGUGCACAGUAUUGAUGUGUCUCACUGCUGAGAGACAACAGAUUGUUUUAAUCCCAGGGUGUCGAAAUGUACUUAUUCUAAAUACAGAUACUACACAGAAUCAUGAGCUGUACAAGUACCUGCUCCUCCAGAAUGUAAUGUUUUUCUUUUCAUGUAUUGGGGCUGCAACGCCUCAGUUCAUCUUGGCAUUUAUAUCACAUCUGCACAGGAUGUUUAGAGGGGAACAGCCUCAGUGUUCACUACUGGAAUGUAGUGUUUAAAUCCAGUUUAUUUAAAAACUGCGCUGAAUCCCCUACGAUAUUAAAUAGUUCCUCGCUCUCAUAUCUUCAUUUUAUUAUUUUACAGCACUAAACGGUGAAAGUUGAGGCUUAUUAAAAUGGUGAGUGGUCAGCACGGCCUCUAGGUGCUGCUAGUAAGACUUUUAGACCUUUUUUAAACUGUGUCCCAAUUCUAAACUGAUACUUAUGACUACACAUGUUGACAGUGCAUUACAAACUACAUUUAUUUCUUGAACACUAAAAGAUACUGUAUCGUUUAGUCUACGUAACAUACAUACUGUAUAGGCAACUGACAAAAAGUUUCAGCUGCCUAUAUGUAUCAGUGGCUAAACACUGAUACAUAUAGGCAGCUGAAACACUACACUGUGUCUCUACAUGUGUAUUGUGUAUACUAACUGAAAAUGAUACAAGGCUUCGGCCAAUUUCACUUUUUUUGAGCGGUCUGGAGAUGUAGCACCAUUCACAAUUUUCUUUACAGCAGUGAGAAAAUCCUUUCCAUUUAAAAGUGAUGUAUUCUAUGUAUUCUGCCGUGUUAUUGUAAUUACUUUCAAGUAAGAAUUAGUUUGAAGUUGGGACACAGUUGUUUUUAAAGAUUAAAGCACUGAUUUAAAAUUUUUAAAAUCUGUAUCCACGUGCAUUGUAGUUCAUAUUGCAAUGACUACUUUUCUCCACACUGUACAUUCAGAUGACUUUACUUUUUCUCUCUAGUUUAGUACUGUAGUAACAACUGUUUUUUUUAACUGCUUUUUCUGCCUGAAGUGAACUGUUGUUCAGACACAGUACUCUUCCUCCAGCUCACUUAGGGUGAUGUGCAAUGUUAAAGGUCAACUGGUUUGUUAUUGAAUUGCUUCAUUCCAAAAUGCAACACAACCAUGGUGGAUAGAAGUCGAAUUUCAAAUGUUAGUUUUUUACUUUUGACUCUUAAUGUUCAUGCAUUUCUGCUUGUCAUUGUAUAAUUACAAUAUCCAGUUAAAUGGUAGCGGUCUCAUUUUGGAAUGAAAGUCUUUUGUGUGUAAUAUUCAGUGUUUAAGUUUUAGGCUGAGACAAAAUGUUGUCUAGUGUUAAGAUUUCAGAUUGCUUUUGUUGUUCUGUAUUUGAAUUAUUCAUUGUGAACCUGCUCUGUACUGUCUGUAAACAUGUUUUCUUUGAUAAGCUCUAAGAGACAUCGGCUGUGUGUCUAAGACUCGUUUUGUGGCAGAGGAAAUUUUGUAUCUUGUCUUUUCAUACCUGAGCAAUCAAACUGCUGAACUUGACUCUAAAUAAAAUGAACCACGUACUGUUUAAAA